AUGAAGAUGGCAAUGUCUGUGAUCCAAGCGUGCCGCAGCCUGGCGCUCUCAACAUGGCUGCUGUCCUUUUGUUUCGUGCAUCUGCUGUGCCUGGACUUCACCGUGGCCGAGAAGGAGGAGUGGUACACGGCCUUCGUCAACAUCACCUACGCCGACCCGGCGGCCGGCAGCGCCGAGCUCCGCAGCGAGAAGAGCGAGUGCGGGCGCUACGGCGAGCAGUCGCCCAAGCAGGACGCCCGCGGGCUGGUGGCCCUCUCCGCCUCGCCCGCCGAGCGCGACGCCUGCGACCCCGGUACCCGCUUCAACACCCCGGCGCCGGGCAAGAGCUGGGUGGCCCUGAUCCCACGGGGAAACUGCACCUACAAGGACAAGAUCCGCCACGCCGCCGCCCAGAACGCCUCCGCCGUCGUCAUCUAUAACAUGGGCUCCAGCAACGCCAACGAGACCAUCACCAUGCCCCACGCAGGCUUAGAAGAUGUUGUGGCAAUAAUGAUUCCUGAACCCAAAGGAAAGGAGAUAGUGAACCUCCUGGAGAGGAACAUUACUGUGAUGAUGUACAUAACCAUCGGGACACGCAACCUGCAGAAGUACGUCAGCCGCACCUCGGUGGUGUUCGUCUCCAUCUCCUUCAUUGUGCUGAUGAUCAUCUCCCUGGCAUGGCUGGUCUUCUACUACAUCCAGAGGUUCCGCUACGCAAAUGCCAGAGACAGAAAUCAGCGCCGGCUUGGAGAUGCUGCGAAGAAAGCAAUCAGCAAGCUGCAAGUCAGGACGAUCAGGAAAGGUGACAAGGAGACUGAGCCAGACUUUGAUAACUGUGCUGUUUGUAUCGAAGGCUACAAGCCCAAUGAUGUUGUCAGGAUAUUGCCUUGCAGGCAUCUUUUCCACAAGUCCUGUGUAGACCCCUGGCUGCUAGACCAUCGUACCUGCCCGAUGUGUAAAAUGAAUAUUCUAAAAGCUCUAGGGAUUCCGCCAAAUGCAGAUUGCAUGGAUGAUAUACCUCCGGACUUGGAAGCAUCCAUAGGAGGACCACCCACCAACCAGAUCACGGGGGCCAGUGACAUCACCGUGAACGAGAGCUCGGUGGCCCUGGAUCCCCCAGCCCGGAGCGUGGGAGUGCUGCAGGUCAUCCAGGAUGUAGACACCUUCCCCCAGGCUGGAGAGGGAAACUUCACAACAAGCAAUGAACAGGAGCCAGCAGUCAGCAGUGAUUCAGAUAUUUCAUUGAUUAUGGCAAUGGAGGUUGGACUGUCUGAUGUGGAGCUUUCCACUGAUCAGGACUGCGAAGAGGUGAAAUCCUGA